CCUCAUUUCCUUGUUCUUGCGCAGAAGACGAACACUUUUCAUGGGACCGACCGGCCCGGCGUCCGGACUUCUGUGACUUCGACUCCGCCAAACUCGCGGUCGCCACCCCGGGGAAGAAACCCCCGUAACAGCGUCGCCCAUCGCCCCCUCCGAGAGCCGCGCCGACCGACGUUUUGGGAAGUUAUGGCCGACGGCGGGAGAGAAAAGCAAGACGACGGAGACCGGGAACCUCGGGGCGCCGAGGGCGGGGAAGAUGUGGUCGAUGAUCCCAUCAUGGAGCAAGGAGCAGUGGUUCUCAGAGGGUACGUGGUGUCACGUAUAAACGCAGAAGACCCCAGUCGGCACGUGUCGCCUGAACAACUGGGAGGACGCCCGAAUGAACAUCAGGAUCCGCAAAUCAAAGAAGUGGUGAAGCAGCUAAUGAAGAUUGCAGAUGAGAUGAACAGGAACGCCGAGCUCCAACGACUGAUCAGCCAGGUUCCGGGCAACUGUGCUCAGGACAUCUUCAUGAAGGUCGCCAAAAGCAUCUUCGACGAUGGCAUCAACUGGGGUCGAGUGGUGGCUCUGUUCCAUCUGGCCUACCGGCUCAUAUACAGGGCACUGACCACCAACCACCUCGAGAACAUCAGGAUAAUAAUCGGCUGGGUUCUGCGGUUCAUCAGGGAGCGACUCUACCCCUGGCUCGUGCAGCAGGGCGGCUGGGUGGGCGUGAUCAACGGGUUUUCUCGAUGGAGGAAUGUGGCCAUCGUAGCAUCGGUAGCAUUGGUGGUAGCUCUUGUUUACUACCGGAAGACGCGCUGAGAGCAUCCGAAGCUCUAAACCAAGGCUGCACUCCCAUCACCUGGAAAAACACAGCCAGUUAACAAGGACCAUUAAUUACAACCACUCAUCAACCGCCUUCUAAUCAUCAAAUGGAGGAUACGCAUUGUACUCCUCUUCUCAGGAUUCCAAGAAUAAAAAACAAACAAACUGGGCCUCUCCAUCAAGCAGAUGGAAGCACGAGAACUGCUGCAGCCCACCUUGUAGCAGCCAUAUCGGGGCUACGUUCACCACUUCUAACAGACCACGGGACCCGACGCAGCUCAAACCGGGUCUUUGGUCCACAUCCACUCAUGUGGGGUCCAACGUAUAUAUCCAAUGCAAGUGUAUGUACUUAGAUAUUGUCAGAUGAGGAAAACCACAGCCAAUCAAACAUCGACAAAUUCCCGUAUAGUGGCUUCAUCGUGUCGGCUUGUGCCAUUGAUUUGAAUGAGAUGCAGCCAUGUUGGCCCAGUAGUUGAUGCGUAAGGGUGCAACAUGGUUUUCCCAAAGGAUAAAGUAACAAAAUCUGAGCGCUACACCAUGGGGGUCGAGGUAAUUUUCAGAUCAGAGUUUUCAUUCUCAAUAUAAGUGAAAUUACCAGAGUUCAUUUAAACUGCACAUUUAAAUGUCAUGCUUCUACAAAAACAAUCUUAAGUUGACUCCAUUGCCAGACUUUUCUUACAGAAUUGCAUUCCAAGAGUUGUUUUAGGUUUAUUGGACUGAAAACAGUUGCUAAACAUUUUUACUAAUUAUUCAACAAUUGAUUUUUUCUUCCAGCCCUCCCGCCACAACUCUAUAUCUGCGGGGGUUUGAGGGUGAGACUGUUUAGAUCGCCAUGACUUAGUCGAUUGAAAAGUAGCUCGCCAGCCGAAAAGGUGUGGGCGCCCCCGGUGUUAAGAUAACCCAAACCCGGUCUCCUGAGUCAAAGUCCUGUGGUUUUAUGGGCCUAACUACUACCACCAGCUAACAAUAAGAGUAGCCAUGGGUUAUCAGAAGGCGGCUUGCACGAACCAACUAUGGGGCCGUUUUGUGUCGGGGAGGAGAGGAUGGCCUCCAAUUAAGACCACGUAUAUCCUGUUGAAGACAAACCGAGCUAUUUUGUACAUGUUGCCCCUUUCGCUUAAGAUACGGGACAACACACAUAUAUUUUUAGGAUUAUCAUUAUUCCAUUUUCUUCCACUGUGAAUGGUCCUGCUGUUAGGGAACAAUCGGACUAAGCGGAUUUAUUUUUCUUGAUGUUUUCAACACGUACCUGAGCGGUUAUCCGUGCCUACAUUUGCAGAAUGGGCCCAUGUCAUGUUAGUGUCUGCAGUAUUUCCUUUUCAUCUUAACACGUUCACUUCUCCAAUCUAUUUUUUUAUAAUGAACAGUUAUUUUUGAAACCUGUAAAACCUCUGCGAUUUUUAAUUUGCAUAGCAGAUGACUUUUCAGAGUACGAGAAACGGUUCUCGACUGCGACUUCAAAUGAAAUGAAAUGAAAUGAUUCAAAAUAAUGCCGUUUUGGUCGGUGAGACGUGUCCGGGUCAGGAGAUCUAAUGGAGGAUUUAUAUGGGAACACCUCUGUGCUGUUGUCUUGUGCCAAGCAAGCUUUUCUCAGGUGUUUUUGCUACCAAAUGUUUUGUGCACUUUCAAGAGGAAUAUCACACUAUUUAUCUGCUUGUUCGGUGGUGGUUUCUAAAGAGGAGAAAAGAAAUGUAAUGUGACCUGAUUAUUUUACUACUGGACUCCAGUUCUGUGAAUAAAUGACAAUACAAAUGUC